AUGGCGUCCGCCUUUACGCCCUACACAUACAUACAGUGUCCCUGCUCGGACUCUGCACAUCUACCGAGCGCGGCCCGCGAAUCCUCGAGUCGCCCCUCGUCGUCCGACCGAGAGGCGGGCGGCGCCGGCAGCGGUGGAGCAGCCGCAGACCAGGAUGGCGAGACCGACGAGGACGAUCACACGUUCGACCCGCGCUCGCCGCGGGCCAACUACAGCCUCUACCCGCUCGAAUAUCUGCUGUACUGCGAAGACUGCCACCAGAUCCGGUGUCCGCGAUGCGUGGCCGAGGAGAUUGUCACCUACUACUGCCCGAACUGCUUGUUUGAGGUGCCCACAAGCAACCUAAAAAGUGAGGGCAACCGCGCGAACCUCGCCGUCCCCGAAGGCGGUGCCGCAUCGUCACACGCCGGGAGCUUCUUGUUGAGCUGCAGCUUCUGCCAGUGGAGCUCGACCGAAAUCGGCAUCAAGUUUGACAAGGCGAACGGCCUCUACGGACAGCUGGCCAAGGUGCGCAAUGGCGGGAAGCCACGACUGAUACCCACGGAGCAAAAGGCCAAGCGGCGCGAUCUAACGUCGCCGUUGUCCUCGGCACCCAACCUGUUGCCAGGAACGGGCGACAACCUAGGCGGCCUGAACCCCUCGCCGGAGCCUGCUAGAUUUGGGCACGGCGACGGAGAGGGCGAAGAGGGCCUCGAUCUGGAAACACAGUACGCCCACCUGAAGCAAUUCUACCAGCGGCAGCUAUCUGAGGCCAAUGGUGGUGGUGUCGGCGGAUUGUCGUCGCUUGGUGAUCUCAGCUUUGGCUCGCCUGCUUCAUUGUCCCGCAUCAUGAACAUGUACACCUCCGGUAUGGCCGGGAGUGGUUCGCGCUUUGACAAGAAGUCGCAGUCGCGGAUCCGCAGCAUGCGCGAGGCCCGUGAGAACGCAGAGGGAUUCCAGCCGGCCGUCUUGGACGAAUCGGCUGCCAUUGCCCGUUUGCACGGCCAGGGACCAGACAACCAGGGCAGGAGUGGCGGCGGCCGAGGCGGUGUUUCUGGCGAGAGCAGUGCAGACGGCUGGGACGUGACGGCAUCGUCCGAACAGCGGGCCGCCCAGACCAAGUUUAUUGGCGACGAGCACCUCCACGGCCGUGCACGGUUUCUGGAUGAGCUGCGGCCGAUCCCGUUUCUCCUGCGCACAAAACGGUCCAAACGCUGUCCGAUAUGUCGGCACAUCAUCAGCAAGCCCGAGGCGAAGUCGACUAACAACCGCUUCCGCAUUCGGCUUGUCGCCGGCAGCUACAUUCCCAGCAUCUCUAUCCGGCCGCUUCAGGGCGGUGCGCCGGUGCCAGUGCCCACGUCAAGGUCUGCGACAGCGGCAGCGGCGGCAGCAGCGGCAGCAGCAGUGCCAAACAACAUCCUGGAGCCGCUCAAGCCCGUGCAGUACAUUUUGACAUUCAAGAACCCCAUCUUUGAGAGCGUCAAGGUCACGUUGGCCACGCCGUCCACGACCCCAGGCCGGUUUGCCAGCAAAGUGACUGUGCUGUGUCCACAGUUUGAGAUCGACUCCAACACAGACGUGUGGGACGAUGCCCUGCGCGACAGCGUUGCCGGCGGCGGCGGAAGCAGUGGUGGUAGCGGCAGUCGCAGCCGGCGGGCGGAAGACGGUGGCGGCCAACAGCAGGCCAUCGCGGGCAAGAUCUGGGAGCGCGGGCGCAACUGGGUCAGCAUCGUUGUGGAGGUGGUGCCGCCGUCGCUCGACCUGGACCUGCUGGCCAUGACGAGCAAGCCGAUUGGCAAGGUCGACGAGGGCGCGUCCAAGAGGAUCGACCUGAGUCCACUGCGCGAGGACGAAGACAUUGUGGAGAUCCCCAUGUUUGUGCGCGUGGAGUGGGAGACGGACGCGGGACAAGACGGCGUGGGCGUUUCGUCGGCCAAAGACAAGGAUGUCAAAGAGAAGCGGGAGCUGGCCUACUGGUGUGUCCUGGGCAUCGGCCGCGUUCGUCACGAUUAG